AUGCUCUUCGUCAGAAACCUCGCACGAGCUGCUCCUCGGACGCUCAGCCGCACGGCCGGAGCCUCCCUGCGAUCAUCGGCCAUUGCCCGCCCCAGCGUCUUUAUCAAGUCCCCCGCCAUCAAGGCCCUGCUGCCCACCCGAGCUGCCGCCUUCUCCACGACCGUUCGCCGAAGCCAAGAGGACGACGUCGACGUCGACGUUGCCCUGUCUGCCAAGCUCGACAGCGAGAUCCAGAUUGAGGAGGACAUCAAGGUCAAUGAGCAGCAGCCCGCCAGCAUCAAGGACUUCCUUGACAACAGCCCUUUUGAGCUUAUCGAUACUCCCGGCCAGGAAGUUGUCAAGCUGACCCGCAGCUUCAACGAAGAGAAAAUCACAAUCAGCUUCUCCAUCGCUGACAUCACAAACUUCGACCCCUACGCCGAGGACAGCCUCUUCGAAGAGGACGAGCUCCCCGAAGAGUCCCUCCAGUCCGACAAGCAGCAGAACUCCGACGACGCCCUCGACGCCGAGGCCGAUGACGAGGCCGGCGCGCCCAUCAACCUGUCCAUCCUGAUCGAGAAGCCCGGCAAGACCGACGGCGCCCUCAACAUCGACGCCACCGCCCGCGACGGCGAAAUCGUCGUCGACAACAUGUUCUUCUACGAGGACGCCACCGUCGCCCGCAUCGACUCCCCCGAGGCCGCCCAGAAGCGCGCCGACGUCUACCCCGGCCCUCCCUUUGGCAGCCUCGACGAGGACCUGCAGGUGCUGAUGGAGCGCUUCCUCGAGGAGCGUGGCAUUAACGAGUCCCUGGCGGUCUUUGUCCCCGACUACGUUGAUGCCAAGGAGCAGCAGGAGUACAUCCGCUGGCUCAAGAACGUCCGCACUUUCGUCGAUGCUUAA